UUAUAAUGGUAAAUAUCAGGAUCAGGAAUCAUCAACUUACCGAGAAUGAUGGAUCGGUGAUUCUGAUAUUUGCCCGUGGAGGACGAGCCGUUACCAGAGAGGAGAUCAGAGAUUACUUUAGAUCGAACUAUGGGGCUGAUUGUGUGAAAUCUAUAAGACUACACUAUCGUGAACCAUGUCGAACUCUGUUCUCUGCCAGGGUGGUUUUUUAUUCGAUGUCCACUGUCGAAUCUGUCUUACAUGGCCAAGGCUAUGUUUUACUGGUUAUUAAUGGCACACUUGUUAGUGUGAGAGCAAAUGCAAGACGAUCCCAACCAAUUGAUGUUGUUGCUGCUGGUUCGCCUCCUCCUGCACCUGCAACCCCGGCAAUGAUUCUCCGUGAGGCUGAAUUAUGGUCUGAAUGGUUCAUAAACAUGCCCUCGGCUUAAUUUUUCGCGCCCAGUGGAUAUAGAAUCAGUUUCAGAUAUUUGGUUAUUUGUAUAUCGGAAACUCUAGAUGCACCGUGGAAAAACCACCGCAAAAUGCAUCGAGUGAGACAGAAAAGAAGGCCACAGGGGAUUGUUCUACUCGGUGCAUCUCACGGUGUAAAAACACGGUGAGCGUAGAAUUGCCCUUUGUAUAUUUCUUCUUCAUGUAGGACGUUGCUGA